GUGUCCUCCGUCCUGCCCAGAGCCAUAAAUCAUGCUGACAGUCUGUGACAAAAACAAAGCUUCUUCCUCAAGAUGCAGACAGAGAAGGACGCUCCUUCCAAAGGAAAAAAGAUCUACCACAUUUUUCCACUUGUAUUUUUUGGCUUCUUAAACUCAGGCGAGGUGGGAGCCGUGAACAUGACCAUCCCAAACGCUCUGAUCAGAGGAGCGGUCGGAGGGGAGGCCCUCCUGUCGGUCCGCUACAGCAGCUUCAGCCUUGACCUGCCGGUUAUCAAGUGGCAGCUCCAGAGGGAGAAGGCGGUCACCGUGGUCCAGUCCAUCGGAACUGACAUCAUUGGGACUCUGAGGCCUGAGUAUCAAGACCGGAUUCUGGUGUUUGAGAACGGGACCCUGCUUCUCCACAACCUCAGACUGUCUGAUGACGGGACAUACGACGUGGAGAUCUCCAUCACAGACGACAUCUUUACUGGAGAGGGAAGCAUCACACUCACUGUGGACGAGCCUAUAUCCAGGCCGUACAUCCACAUGGAGGCCUCAUCCGUCCUGGAGCUCAGCGAAAACUUUGUCCUUAACUGUUCUCAUGACAACGGGACCAAAACCACUUAUAGGUGGUUUAAAGGUGGGAAACCCCUGGCCAAUGAAACACGGUUCGUGUUGUCACCGGAUCAGAAGUACCUGACCAUCAGUCGAGUGUUGAUGACUGAUGAGGAUAUCUACAGCUGCACCGUGGAGAACCCACUGGGCAACAUGACCAGCCUGCCAAUCAGACUGGCCGUGUACAGAAGGAGCUCAGUCUACAUCAUGCUUUCCACUGGAGGAAUCUUCAUCCUCAUCACGUUGGUGACAGUGUGCGCAUGCUGGACUCCUUCUAAAAAGUCAAGACAGGAAACUAGAAAGUCCAGGAUUUAUGGUCAUUCUCAUCAUACAUCGCUUAAACAGAAAGGUGAUGUGCUUCCCAAAAUGAGGGAACAUAAUGGGAUAAAAGCAGUAACUUCCCUUUACGUCCUCCAACAAAAGGAACCCUCAGUGGACGACUCGUCCAGCAACAGCAUUGGGUCACCUUCUGAACUGGACAGCCCUCCAUCCUACACAACUUUCCCCAACUACACAAACUCCCUUGUGCGGUCAGGUGGGACUCAAGCCGGCUCCUUCCCAAAGUGUGUCUGAAACUUCAUAAACUGUUCAUCAUACCAAAUGAAGGAGCAGGUCAUUUGGUGCCUGCCUUUGUGCAAAACUUCAACUUUGAGUCUUUGUUAACUCAAAUAAAAAAUGUAAGCAUUUUUUAAAGGAUCUGUUCCUCAACAUCUUGCAAAAGUAUUUGCACUGGUGGAGAUUUUUUUUACAUUUUGUAAUGUCGCAGAUAGAAACUUUAGGGUGUUUUACUGAGAUUUUAUGUAACAGAUCAACACAAAGAUCAGUGGUGUCCAAACUUUUUGCUGAGGCGGCCAAAGCUUGCGAAUUUCAAUAAAUAAAGAAUGCAAAAAUUAGUUUAUUAUGUGUUUAGAUUGACCUGCUCAAUAAUGAACAAAGUACAUAUAAAAUCUGAACAUCAUUAAAGAUAAAAGAGCAAAAAUGGUUUAGGACUGUUGCGCUAUUAAAAGAAAUAGAGAUGAUUUCCACACUUUUUUGGGAACAUCAGUUGUUUUCUAUUUUGUUGGCCAAAUUUUGAACAUUCUUGACUUGUAGUCUGGGGACAAACAAAAUAAUUUGGCCAAACUUUGGGCACUCCUGUCCUGUAAUUGACUAAUUAAAGCUGCAGGUCGUCUGGUGUACGUCUCUAACAACUUCUAGUAUAUUAAGAAAUUGCAUUUUUGGCAUUAUUCUUCAAAUAGAGUCCCAGGUUCUGUCAAAUAUGAUGGGAAGCAACAGUAAAAAUCAACUUACAAGUUUUGCCAUGGAUUUGGGCUUUGAUUAGGCCGCUUAACACAUACAUAAGCCUUGAUCUAAAUUAUAUCUCAAAUUUGCUGCAGCAUUGAACAGGUUUUCUUCCAGAAUUUUUUUGUAUUUAGUUACAUUUCCCAUCAAUUCAGACCAGCUUUCCUGUCCCUGCCAAAAUAAAAAAUAAAAAAUCCCCACAGCAUGAUGCUGCUAACCCAUGAUGAAUUUAUGUGUCAUCAUGGGUUAAGAAUGGUGCAUCUACUGUCAGUCAUGGCUGCCAUGUUUUUAAAUGUUGAAAGUAGGACCAAAGUUGCAGGCAGGAACUUGUGGUAAGCAUAAUGAAAGUCUAAUCAUUAAAACAGAAAACCUACAGAACUUACACAAGAAAAACAGGCAGAUUAACCAAUUAAUAACAAAAUAAUAAUAAACUUUAUUUAUACUGCACCUUCCAACAGUUCCUUGCAUUGACCAAAGUACUGUACACAGUAAAGUAAAUUAAUGCACGUAAAUAAGUGCUAGUCAAAAAUACAACCACAAUAAAAGAAGUCAAAAAUAGUAUAAAAACGUACAGCCAGUGUGGCUAUAUACAGAGGAAAUGUUGGAAUGCUGCAUAAUUAACAAAAAUUAAAUUAAAAACCAAGGGAGAGACAUACUAACACUGAACUAGAGGAUAAACCGAAAUACAUAGAACAGAACACAAGAAGAUAAUAAAUGAAUAUACAUGGCAAUGAGCACAGAGUUUGACCCAAUAUUGGAAAAUCUAAAUAAAUAUAAUAUACUUAGCAUAUUAUCACAACUUGUUCAAACAUUUUCCACGUUGAGGCUCACAUGACAAACUUAUGCUUAAAUGUCAACAGAGACCCGUAGAGUUCAUUUUGAUCAACAUGGCAUAAGCAACUCAAAAUGUGGGGAAAAAGCAGAGCGUUGUGCACAUUGACUUGCAUGAUGUACCAACGUACUGGCAGCUGAGAAGUUGCUGGGAAACUGGGAGACGUUCAAAGCUUCAUUUGGAACCUAACUCUGCUUUUAAACUUUGGUCUACAUGGUUUAUCUCUUAUGUUCUCUAAAAAACCUCUGAGUCCAGAAACAUAACAGCUCCAUCUGUUUACUAUUAAGGUGCCUUUAAUUGGUUGCGCAUGUUUUUUAAAUUAUUAUUAUUCACCUUUCAUGUAUGUCCAAAUUUUGCACUGCUUUGUGUUUCUCUAUCACAUAAAAUGCACAAAAAUAGGUUGGAGGUAGUGGUCAUAAUGUGACACAAUGUGAAAAAGUUUAAAUUGUAUGAAUACGUCUACGUUUACGGCUCAUCUUUGAUCGUAUCCUUCAGGUUUUCCUUAUUACUAGUUCCUGGAAAACUGCAGUAAAAAGCUCAGACAACAGGAACACCGACUCUACAAUUACAUAUUUCAGCAGAUUUCAGAAUUACAUUUGACAAGUUCUAACAUUCCUAUCAUCCAUCUCCAUAAAGGUGCAGUGUGGUCAGUAAGACAAAGACAUUUAUUAUUCACACUUCUCUAGCAUGUGUGACAUAUCAUGUUGUGUAUGAGGAAAUUCAAAACUUUGUAGUGUCUUUUGUGUUAAUAAAAAUUCUGAAAUAUGUGAAGCAAUGAAUGGUUGUGAAAAAGUUAGGACACCACACAAAAGGAUAGAGAUCAGGGCUUUGACUAGGUCAAAGUUUUGACCUAGUCUGGGUCAAGGUUGAAGUUAGAGGGUUUCUGGUCUAAGUUAGAGUGAAUCUUAUCGUGUCCUGAUUUUUUUCCCAGACAGAAACUUCUUUUUUUUUUUUACUACAUUUUAUAGAACAAAUUAAAAAGUAUUCUCUUCACUUUUUUAUUUAUAUUGCUCAAAUUUCCCAGUAUUGUUAAAAGUUAUAUUAAAUAUUCAUAUGUUUUCACAUAAAGAUAGUUAAUUUAAACUGAAUUUAAAAGAAAAUUGUAUUUUUGUAUUAUAUACUGUAUUAUUUCUCUCUUUUUAUGAACUGAAUUUCUUUUAAAUCUAUUUCAGAUUGUUCAGAUUUUUAUUUUUAUUUUUUUUUUAAAAGUGAAUCAAAUGUAUUAAUCAAUCUUUUUUGUGUGUGUUUUUGUUUUGUUUUCUAUCUCCCAUUCCUUAGCAAUACACAUCUAUAUACUAUUAUGCACAAGUUUUUUUCUUUCUUUCUCUCCCACACUGUUCUAAAUUGGUAUAUGUCUUGUUCAUAUGAAUGAGAACAAUAAAGACAGCAAAUGAUCAGGAGAUAUUUCUGCCUUUUAAGUUAUAACUCUGUAUUGCUGACUGA